UUGACUGACUGGGCCAACGAUACAGCCGCAUACACUGGCGUUGGCUCGUUAGACUGGCCAACUCUGUGUUUCAUCGUGAAUUGUGUGUUCUUGCUACAAACAAGAUGUAUGCAUACAUUUUUGAAUGACAAAAAGAACAAGAGAUUAGGAUUGAAAACAUUGGCGUGCGGCGUUCUUCAGACGAAAGGAUUCUGUUUUGGCGGUUGUGGAUUUUUUGCUUUUGCCUUUUGUAUUUCCUUGGCUGUUGUGGACAUUUUGGAUUCCUUCUUAGUUUUAAUGUUCGUUUUUAUAUUUUUACCCAAAUAUAGCUAGUAUCAAAACGAAUAAUUUUAUGUCCCCCGUUUAUUUUAGUAAUCGCUUUUUGUUUAUUUAUUGUCUGACACACUGGACACUGUUUUUCAGCGAGACGCAAACUCGGAACAAUAAACAACUUUUUAGGGGAUUGGUCUCGCGAAAGAAUGCGUUUGACUGGUUAGCUAGCCAGCUAGCUAGGUGUACUUUGAGUGGAUGCUUGGAGGAAACAAACGUUGUCGGCCAGCGAAUUUAUACCGUUUAAAACGUUCGUGGAUUUAACAAUUUUCGGACUAUAUAUCAAAUGAGAAACUAAUUCGACACCAUUUUAUGAUAAGCACCUGUGCUGCUGUUGGGUCUCUCACCUGCCACCAGCUGGGAUCCAGUAGCCCGGGUCAUAAAUGACAAGUGCCUGAUGAUGUCGAGCAAGCGGAACCUGUUUGUGCGGCUGGUGCCGUGCCGCUGCCUGCGGGGGGAGGAGGAGACGGUGACGUCGCUGGACUACUCCCACUGCAGCCUGGAGACAGUGCCUAAGGAGAUCUUCAGCUUCGAGAAGACCCUGGAGGAGCUCUAUCUGGACGCCAACCAGAUUGAGGAGCUGCCCAAACAACUGUUCAACUGCCAGAUGCUCCACCGGCUGAGCAUGCCAGACAACGACCUCACAGUGCUGCCCGCGGCCAUCGCCAACCUCAUCAAUCUCAGGGAGCUGGACGUCAGCAAGAACACUAUCCAGGAGUUUCCAGAAAAUAUAAAGAACUGCAAAGUCCUGGCUAUUGUUGAAGCAAGUGUGAAUCCCAUCUCCAAGCUCCCAGAGGGUUUCACUCAGCUCCUCAGCCUGACACAGCUCUACCUAAACGACGCCUUCCUCGAGUUCCUACCAGCCAGCUUUGGCAGGUUGACUAAACUGCAGAUCCUGGAGCUGAGAGAGAACCAGUUAAAGAUGUUGCCUAAAAGCAUGCACAAGCUCACCCAGCUGGAGAGAUUGGACUUGGGGAGUAACGAGUUCACUGAAGUGCCUGAGGUAUUGGAGCAGCUCACUGGAAUCAAAGAGCUGUGGAUGGAUGGAAACAGACUGACAUUCCUACCAGGGAUGCUGGGCACUCUGAAGCAGCUGUCCUACCUGGAUGUGUCCAAGAACAACCUGGAGAUAGUGGACGAGCAGAUUUGUGGCUGUGAGAGCCUGCAGGACCUACUGCUCUCUAAUAAUGCACUCACACAGCUGCCCGGAUCUAUAGGCUCCCUGAAGAAACUAACCGCCCUGAAAGUGGAUGAGAACCAGCUCAUGUAUCUGCCAGACUCCGUCGGAGGGCUGGCAGCCCUGGAUGAGCUGGACUGUAGUUUUAACGAGAUCGAGGCUCUGCCCUCCUCCAUCGGACAGUGUGUCAGCAUACGCACCUUCGCCGCUGACCACAACUUCCUCACACAGCUGCCCCCAGAGAUGGGCAGCUGGAAGAAUGCCACCGUGCUGUUCCUGCACUCCAACAAGCUGGAGUCUCUACCUGAGGAGAUGGGAGACAUGACCAAGCUCAAGGUCAUCAAUCUCAGCGACAACAAGUUGAGGAACCUUCCCUACAGCUUCACCAAGCUUACCCAGAUGACUGCUAUGUGGCUGUCUGAUAACCAGUCGAAGCCCCUCAUCCCUCUGCAGAAGGAGGAGGAUCCAGAGACCCACAAGACGGUUCUCACCAACUACAUGUUCCCCCAGCAGACCAGGACAGAGGACUGCAUCCCUAACUCUGACAGUGAGAGCUUCAACCCCUCUUUGUGGGAGGAGCAGAGGAAGCAGCGGGCGCAGGUGGCCUUCGAGUGUGACGAGGACAAGGCUGAGAGGGAGACGCCUCCGCGGGAGGGCAACCUGAAGCGCUAUCCGACACCGUACCCAGACGAGCUGAAGAACAUGGUGAAGACGGCCCAGUCGGUCGCCCACAGGCUGAAGGAGGACGAGUCGGGUGACGAGUCGGGGAGGGAUACCAGACCUAAUGAGCGGAUCCAUGUGGGAGUGCAGGACGUGGGAGUCAAGGUGAUUGAGGCUCCUUGCGCCAAUGGCAAGCCAGUAGAGAUGGAGCCCAAAGCGCCUGUCUGUGUCCAGGACUCCACAGCACCCCUGGAGACCUCUGAAUCCUACACCACCCAGAAGACCUCACUCCGGACCUCGGACAAUACCAGGACCAUGAACCACGAGGACACCCUGGAGUCUUUUUCUCCGCAGGAUUCUGAGGAGCUUUCAUCUGAGGAGGAGAUGAAGAUGGCGGAGAUGAGACCUCCUCUCAUCGAGAUCUCCAUCAACCAGCCCAAAGUGGUGGCCCUUAGUAAAGACAAAAAAGAUGACGGUAAAGACGCUGACUCGUUGCUGGACGAAACAGUGGCCAACAGCAAUCAGAACAACAGCAACUGUUCGUCCCCGUCACGCAUGUCGGACUCGGUGUCUCUGACCACGGACAGCAGUCAGGACAACUCCAUGUGCACCCCCGAGAGAGAGGCCAAGAUGCCCUUCCUACCCAAGAGCAGGCAAGAGGAUGAAAACAUGAACCAGCAGAAAGAAAGCACCCCUCUCCUCCAGAACGGCAACGGCUCAGACACGUCCCUGCAGGCCCUCCUGAAGACCCAGCAGGGCUACGAGUCCAAGCCAGAGAAGAUGGUGGGGGACUACGACCUGUCCAUGGAGGAGAGGCUGGCCUUCAUUGAGAAGGGCAUCAACAACGGUAUGGGCGACAGCUUCACCAAGUGGGACCAGGUCAACAUGAAUGUGGCCAAGCUGCCACUGCAGCCAGACAACAUGGUGGUCCAACUGGACGACCGUCCGAAUGGCUCGAGCGCCAAGGAGACCUUUAACCACUUGCCUCCGCCGUAUAACAACGACAACUCUACGGCGCCCAUUACAGACCACUUGGAGAACGGCAACCAGCUGGGCGACCACUUUAACGGCCGCUCCAGCGAGGGACUGGCCGUGUCGCCCAUGAGGGUGGACUCUGCCACGUCGGUGGUGCAGACUUCUUCGGCGGGCGUGACGGCCAGCAGUGACAUGUCGCUGUCUCGCAGCACAGAGGAGUUGUCCCCAGAGAAACGAUGCCCCCCUCCUGUAGUGGCCAAGGCUCGGAGCAUCACCAACAUCGAGACGGGGGAGAUGAAGCUGUACUCCUUGGACACUGAGGUGGGCUCCUACAAGGGUGGCGUAGUGGGCAGGAUGGCCGGAGCCGUACCGGGGGCCCAGGGUCAAAGCAUUGUCCGCAGCAAGUCAGCCUCCCUGCUCAACGACCAGCCCUUCCAGGUCUACCCCGGCUCCUCAGCCUCUUCCUCCGACCUGCUCUCCAGCUCCUCCAAGCCUCCUGUCAGCACCAGCCGCUACCCAGUCCCCUCAGGCAUAGCCAUGGGCCCGCCGCCCCAAUACAACGUCCAGUACACCAGCAGCGCCUUGCCCAAAGAAGGCCUGUGGACCCAUAGGACCCCCGUCCCCCCCGACCAGGGCUACCUCCCUCCGCCCCAGCACUCUCUGGCCAACACCAACUACUCCAACCGCAACCAGGCCCCUCCAUACCCCCUCCAGGCCCAGCAGAAAGGCCCGCCUACAGGGCCCAAGCUGCCCGGUGACAUGUGGUCUAAGGAGAGACACCUGCCCCCCGGUGGUCAGCCAUGGAGCAACACCCUGCAGAGGCAGAGCAGCAGCUCCUCCACGGCCUCCAUGGGAGACCCCCGGCGCAUGCAGGUGCCCGAGGGCGACUACAUGACGUACAGGGACAUCCACACCCUGGGCCGGGGGCCACUGGCCAUAGCCCAGACCGUGCAGAGGCCUCUGUCGGCCCGCACCUACAGCAUCGACGGGCCCAGUGCCCCCAGGCCUCACAGUGCCAGGCCACAGCCCCACGAGCUGCCCGAGAGGACCAUGUCGGUCAGCGACUUCAACUACCAGCACGGCAGCCCCAGCAAGAGGCCCAACGCCAGGGUGAAGUCUGAGCACUCGCUGCUGGACGGGCCAGGAGGACCGGGAGCAGGAGGAAGGGUACCGGUGGACUGGAGAGACCAGGUGAUGCGCCACAUCGAGGCCAAGAAGAUGGAAAAGAACGCCCUGUCUCGGUCCUAUAAUUCCAAUUACGCCCCGCUGAGCUGCUCCCACUACAGCAGCUCUCGGGACGUGCACCACGCAGGCAGCCAAGGCUCUCUGGUCUUUAGUGCUGCCGCAGACGGACGGCCCUACGGAGCCCAGGGCCUCUGUGAUGAUGUGUUUGGUCCUCAAGGACAACAGGGCUACACCAUGGACACCCUCCGAAAAGUGCCUUUGAUGAAUGGUCAGAUGGGCGGUCCGAUGCGAGGCCAGGUGACGUCGUGCCAGGCACCCAUGGCCCGCCACCCCUCCAGAGAGCAGCUCAUCGACUACCUGAUGCUUAAGGUCUCGCAUGGCCAGCAGCCCCAGGGACCCCCUCCACCACGGGCUGCCCACGACACACUGCAGCAGGAGAUCCGUGUGAAAGUGGAGAAGAACCCUGAGUUAGGGUUCAGUAUAUCAGGAGGAGUGGGAGGACGGGGAAACCCCUUUCGUCCGGACGAUAAUGGCAUCUUCGUGACGAGGGUCCAGCCUGAGGGACCUGUCUCAAAGAUCCUCCAGCCUGGAGACAAGAUCCUCCAGGCGAACGGAUACAGCUUUGUGAACAUUGACCACGGGAACGCCGUAGCCCUGCUGAAGACGUUUCCCACCACUGUGGAUAUGAUCAUCGUCCGAGAGGUGACAGCGUAGAGAGAGACAGACAGGACUGUGACCUCCGAUCCAGACGAAACCACACGAGAACUGAAUGUCCACUUCCUUCUUAUUUUUAUACACAGAGGAGCCUGGUAAAACUGCUUUAUGGUGAAGAGAACCUUUAAGAGCUUUUGGGAUAACAGGGGCCGAACCACUGCAUCAAGUGGACUGGGGGGAUGUUGUCUUAAAGAAGCCGUCACUGUGGGAUAGCCCGGUAAUUUUUUACUCAGAGUACGCAGCAGAGACGGUGUGUGCUCCAAUGACACAGAGAUUUAGUAAAGACUGCUUUCUGUAAAGACUUUUGUUUUUCAAAGAAAAUAAUUCACCUUCAUCAUUGCAGAGUUUCUAGUUGCUGUAGUUGAGCAUUAACUGUAGUUGACCACUAGAGGACAGGGCUACCUCUCUCUCUUUCUCUCUCUGCUUACAUCUGAUUUGCCUUUAUUUUUAAGUAAUGUUUCUUUUGUUUUAAGAAGAUGCUGAAACCACUUAUUUGAUCUAGCUGAGAUGUGAUAUGGGGGACAAUGUUAUUUGCUUUCUUGUGGAGACGAAUGUAGUACUGGAUUGCGCUUUCGGGCAGAGUUUAUUUUCUUGAAUUUCCCCCCUGCCUUCUUACAAUUGUGACAGUUUUUGGAACGGGUGCUGUACAUGGUGGAUAUUUCAGAAGAACAAUUUAUUUGCCUCUGCCUCCAUAAAACCUGUGAGCCAUACUGCAUACAUCCAGUAUCUAUACUGUCCUCAUUUUAGCAUAGGAGCAGUUUCAGUAGCCUCCAUGGCACCACUGGCUUGGAAUAUCCCUCACUUGAAUAGACCACUGCCUGUGCGGUCACUCACCUCUCAACUCCUGAACAAAUCCUUUCGUAUGGACGUGGACACUCACUCAUCACUGAAUCAACCGCCCCGGGUGCCGACUACUUACUACUUGGAUGCUGUAAAACGCUCUUUGUAUGUGAAAUGGAAUUGGGACUGGGAUAUGGAACGGAUCAUGAGAGAGGAAUGCCUUUGCUUGGCCUUAAUUAGCCUAGCCAGGAUGUGAUGUGAGAGUGGGUCAGGAGGCGGAGUGGUAAAGUUAGGUAAGCUAAGCAUGUGUGCAGACCAUGGCCAGGGGUGUAUUCAUUACGCUGAUUUUGUUGCAAAACAUUUCUUAAACGGAACAAAACGGGGAGGGACCUAGCUGAAAGUGUCCAAUGGAAACUGUUGUUUUUAAUUGCAAAAAGUUCAGUUUUGCAACUGUUUGGACUAAUGAUUACACCCCAUGUGUUGGAGGUGCUGGUGGGAGUGACACCCUAUUCCCCAUAGAGCACGCUACAUACUAGUGGUGAACUGUAUACAAAGGAUAUAGGGUGUCAUCUCAGAUGCAGCCUGUGUCAGACUGAGCAGGUAUAGGUCUCUGGGCCCCUUUCACUCAUCUUGGUAAGAUUCUAAAGGGCUUCUCCCUGAAGGCAGCCAUUGGUGACUAGAAAACACUGACACACACGCUUUCAGAUUGAAAAGGGGUUUCUGUCUAACAAUUUUUUUAAGUGGCGGAAAACAACCACAUUUUGCCUUUGUGUAUAAAAUAACAUCUUUUUAGACAUGCUUUUCAAUCUCUUUUUGUGUUUCAUACAUGGACUCUUUGCUCUACGCUGGAUCAAAUGAACUGGGGGGGGCUGUCAAGUGCCAUAGACCUUGAACUGUUAGAACAAGGGGAGGGAGGGAGUGACUACCCUGAGCAUCAAGCAAUAUUCACAACAAACUAAACGCUCUCCUCUUGAGUAAACGCCGCAUGACUUGUCAUAAUGGUUUAAUAGCAAUAGUCUGAAGAUUUGUUUUCAUUCAGAAAGACAUCCGAUUGCAUUUUUUAUAACCUAUAAUAAAAAAUAAAACAACAAACCCUUUUAGUAAUCGCUGAUUAUUACACAGGAUUUAUAUUGUGAAUAAUUUUUUCGUUAAAAACAUCUUUUUAGCAAAGAAACAAACAUUUUAGUCUGCAUUGUAUAAUAGUGAAUCUUGUGGCACUCUGCCCUUACAAAUGAGUUUCAGGUUUUCCCAAGCUUGUUACGUGUAUAUGUUAUGCAAACAUGAUUAACUUUUACACCAGUGUAAAAGGAACUCAGAGCUGCAAAGGCAAAAAAAACCUGUCAUUUGUAAUGUUUAAUUGAAUCGUGUCAAAUUAUAAAAAUGCUUUUAAAAGCUACUAUGCUAUGUCCAAAAGUGUAUAGAUGUAUGUGUUUGCAUGAAAUCACCCAAUGAAUUGUCUAUUUUGUGAUUUAAUCCAUGAAAGGGUGGAUGUAUUUCCUACAGAAACAAAAAUUAUCCAAUUCAAAGAGAUCUACAAGUUAUGGCCCAAAUGAAAAUAGUUUAUAAAUUCAUUGUAAUGCAAACACUGAAUUGUGACUGAGCAUAUAUAAAGUUUAAAAAGAAAUUCCACACAGUUAAUGAAGUUGUCAUUUAUGUCAUCCCAAUACUUAACAAAUGUAUAAAUGUAUAGUCCUGUAUGGCUCAGUUGGCAGAGCUUGGUGCUUGCACCGCAAGGGUUGUGGGUUCGAUUCCCGGGACCACCCCUAUGUAAACUGUAUGCAUGCAUGACUGUAAGUCGCUUUGAAUAAAAGUGUCUGCUAAAUGGCAUAUAUUGUAUAUUACAAAUGUAAAAUGGUAUGUAAUCUACUGUACCUGUAUGUAAUUCAAUAUUACUUCAUGCAUACAGCUAAAGAUUAUGCUCACGGUACUGUCAACUUGUGACUCGAAUGGAAAACACUGUUUCAAUGAUGUUUGCUCUCCUCUUUUCCAUUUUGAAUUCCAAGUGAACAUUGCUUCCAACUGAAACUGUCCUAGUUUUUUUAAUCAACUGCAGCCCCAGUGGCACGCUCAUAAUAACUGCAGAUAUUUUUGUCAUUGGUCAAUGUUAGCCUAAAGCGGUAACAUAUUGACUUUUUAAGACUUCUCAAGAUUACUGUUAGUACAUCAUGUUUUAAGAAACAUUGUAAUUGUUUUUUGUGCUGUUUUGUUGUGGGCACUGUUCUUUUACUUUUUUUAUCUGGGAAUAAGAACAAUCUGAUGAUUGUUAAGGUCAUAUUUUUUAAAAUAUUCAUGGCAAAAAAAUUAAGGAAAAUAACUGUCCAGUAGACGGUGUAGACAAUCUGGGACUAAAACCUAGGGGCUCACCUGUUUUCCAUAUCCAAGAACAACUGGUCUCUUCACGUUCCCACCUUGUUUUUAUUUAUUUAGCACAUUUUCCAGUUACCGUUUAGACAUUACUAAUCAAAAUGUAAAUACUUUUAAAAAGUUAAGAAAUUAAUUAAUCAUGGCAUUAGUCACUCUGAGUUUGUAAAACCAGCAAUAAAUUGCAAUGCAGACGCAACCCGUUUUAAUGUGUAGCUAUUUCAAAGGUUUCUCUGGAAACGGCUACAGUAAGAUGAUUGAUAUGCAUUUAUUCAACAUUCCAGAUUUUGUAUAUAAUUAUACUGUUUCUGAGGUAACCUGUGGAAAAUAAGAAAUAAACUAAUGCUCUUUAAAA